AUGCCCGGCAGCACCAGCGCUGCGACCUGCACCAGGAGACACUACGAGAGGCUGAUGCUUCCUUAUGAAGAGCAUCUCAUAGAAGGAGGACAAGAAUUCAAAAUCCCAGAAUCCCCCUUGCCUCCGAAGCCCAGAGGGAUCCGAGGAAGGAAACCGCUUCAGAGAGGCAGAAAACCAGGACCCAAGUCCAAGGACACGAAGAUGAUGAGCGCUGCGGCUCCUUCUCGUACUAUUGUGACCCCGAACGGCACCGUGGUGGUGAAGCGAGGCAGAGGCCGGCCGCCGGGCACACGCAACAAGGCCACGCUGAUCGCUCAGGCCAAGCUGAUGGCUCAACAGCAGGCGAAGGUCAAAACGGCCGCCGAGUCUCCGCUGCUGAGUCCUCUGCUUUCAGUCGCAGGUGGAGGUGCACCAACCGCCAGCUGCACACACAGGACAAUCCAGCCGGCUAUCCUCACUGUCAACAUGCCCCUCACCCCGGACCUCUCCCCCAUGUCCGCCCCCUUCCUCCCCUUCCAGCUCAAACCAAAGGAGCUGAAGUCGGACAGAGGGGAGUCUGUGGCUCCGCCUCCAGGUGUGCUCCUCUCCACGCUGCCUCGCCACUUUGUUGGAGGAUCUCUGGGCGGCUUCAGCCCCAUCAACGGCGUCUGUCCUCUGGAUGUUUUCAGGAACCGCAUCAGCCUCCAGAGAGGCCCAGAGAGCCCGGCCCUGACGCCUCAGGACCCGACCCAGCACCAUCCAACAAUCUACACCCUACAGCCCAAAAGUGGAAUCCCGGAUACACCUCAUCCCAGCGGGGACCAGCUUCAGCCUCAGCCCCACCUGCUCCACCAGCAACACAACCGCUGCUCGGGGUGCACCGUGGACGAGGCAGGCCAGAGAGGAGGCAGUCGGGACGCCAGGAACCGGCCUCCUCUGCCUCCUCUCCGGGUUCUGCCUUUGAACCUGGACUGCAGCGUUCAGGUGUGCCAGCUGAUGAGGACUCGUCUGGGCUCGUCUCAGUUCCAGACCUUCACCCGACGACUGUCUGAGGCUCUGUCCCAGGACCUGAGCACCAAGCCCCCCUGCUCUCCCAUCACCCCGCCCCCCGAGCAGGCGCUGCCUCUCAACCUCAGCAAACGCUUCAUGGCUAAGAGACCCAGCACAGAGGGGCCGGAGUCGAGUCUGGCAGCGUUCAACGGGAACGCCGAUCAACCGCCAUCCAAGAGACCCAGACUCGGCUGCACGGAGCAGGCCGACAACUUCAGUCUGGGAGGCCGGUCCAGCUCUGGAGGCAGCGGAGGAGAAGGAGAGCAGGAUGUGGAGAUGAAGAACCAGGAGGAACCCGCAGACCUGAGCUCCCCCAGCAGGAUCAGGGCCUUCCUGCUCGGGCUGCCACCCUUCCAGGUGAAGUUUGAGGACGAUCUGAACGGGACGAGGUUUGGGAAAUUUCUUCCUCCAGGAUCUAUGGCUGAAACCCAGAGGACCGAGACAGAGACAGGAGAGGGAGGAGUGGCGGUAAAGAAAGAGCAGGAGGUGGGUGAACUAGAGCGGUGUGAAACUGAGAGAAGCAACAAACUACAGAAGUCGGAGCAGGAGGAGAAGGAUCCCACUCUCCUCUCUGCUCCGGCUCCAGCAGAGCUGAAGAGAGCGGGGCCCUCAAACACGCACUGUUUCUAGCAUUACGCCCUCUGUUGAUCUUUAGCUUUUUGUGCUCAGAAAACUGUCGGAUAAAUCGGGCAUUUGUCUGUUUUGGGAAGUGGAAAGUGGGAUCCACCGUGGAUUUUUGGACGCUGGAUGCUUCGGUGGUUAAUCCGGCUCAGGGGUAAAAGCCUGAAUACGCGGAGCAGGGAUGUUUCUUUGCUUCACAUUUGAGAACAUUUGAACUCGCAACUUCUCGUUGUUUCCCCAUUACGUCUCCUUGUUGUCGUUUUCGUUCUGUUUCCCGAUCACGUCGUUGGUUGAACUUCGCAGAGGGAUGACGACACUGACACUCAUGACAAUCACAAAUCAGUUUCUCUUCCUUUCUCUGUGGAUUUCUGUCUCUUUGUGGUAAAAAAGAAACAGAGGAGUGAGACUGUGACUCUUUAACAAACACUGCCAUAACCCUCCAUAACACUAUUAACUCCACUAUUUAAUGUUACGGUGAAGCAUUAAAUAAUUACGUAAAAUAAAUCAAUUCUAUCUAUCGGUGAUGCUAUGCAUCGAGCCGUCAUAAAUACGCAUCUAGAGUGUACUGUAGUUUGGUAGUUUCAUUUUUAAAUUGUACUCUACUUCUGUAGAGAGAUAGUUAUUUUCUGAUAAAGUGUCUGGAUGUUAUCUGGAGCUCCUCAGUCUUCACAUUAUAGCUCGUUAAGUGAAGCAUUUCUAUAGUCCUGCUCGUUAGCUGAAGUUAUAUAAACCUUUCUUACACAUAUGUGCCUUAAUGGCCUGCGAUCUGUUUCAUCGCCGGCUUCAAAUACAUUCAGUUAAAGAGAUACCUUGAUGUUCAUCUGUUUAGUUUCUUCACUCCUCAGAAGGGCUGGGUGCGAGUGUAGACGUGACACCGUUUAGAUUCUGUUACUAGUGUUCGACGCCAGCUCUCACGACUACUCUGUGCAGCUGACGCAUUUCAUGCCGCACUUCGGUUCGAUACCCAGCCCUGCUGUUUGCAUUGUACAGACCACCGUGGCGCUCGCGGUGGCGCCGUCUUCUCGCCUUCAUCACUGCAACUGUUCGACCAAUGAGAAAUCGGCAAAGGAGGAAGAAUUGUUUGUAGAGAUCAAACGUUAACAUGUAGCCCAAGCAUUCACACUACCUCAGGUUUUUCUUUUUGUUUUUUACAUUUACACCUGCUUUAUCUGUUUCAGGGGGGCUGGAGCCUUUCCCAUCAUGCAUUUGGGUAGAUGACAGGGUUAGAUGCAAGUCCAUAAACACAGACAGACUUAAGCCAGUUUUCUCUUAACUCUCUCCAGAGUUUCCGUUUCUCGCAUGUAGCACACGUCCGUGUCAGAAGCUUUCUCACUGACUGGAAACACUCCGUUUGGUUCAGUGGCGGCGUCUUGCAAGAGCGUGCAGGAAGCACGAUAUGACGCAGAUUACGCCGCAGAAUGUUUGAUAACUUCAGGGUUGCAGUGCACAUGUGAACGGGGCUUUAGAUCUUCCUCUCGGUGUUAAAGAAUAAUUCUGGUGAUAUUGUUAUAGAAAGAAAAUGGCACCAGAAUGAUCCUUUAACCUGCCGUCUGUAUCUGGACACUCUGGGAUUACUAAUCUCCCGUUAAUCCUGUUCAAUCUGUACAAGAAAGGAAGUUUAAAUACGACGAGUUAGCGUUUAUCGGGGGUUAUGUCCCAGAAUAAAUGUUACUUCCUGGAUCCAAGAAAUAGUCGGACGCAAAACCUCAAACUGUUGUAAUCUGCGAGCGUUUGUAUUCUGUUACUGUUGGACAGGCGAGAUGUUUCCAGACUUUGUGCUAAGCUAAGCUAGCUUCAUCUUUAGGGUGCAGACAUGAGAGCUCAUUUAAAUCUCAGCAAGAAGGGAAAUAAGUUUCCCAAAAUGUCAAACUGUUGCUUUAAGAAUGCAGCCGAACUGUACAGAUGUCCUUUAGUCCCGACUGAGAUCUGAAGACUGUUAAAGUUCCCUGAAGAUAUCCGGAUACAGAUCGCAUGUUGUGAGGAAAUCAAACCAAAGAAUAUGUUGCCGUUAUCCACUUUCAAACCGCUCCGCCCGGCUUCUUCCUCUUCUUCGUCUAAAGUGCCAACACAAAACAGCGACUCCAUAUUGUGACGUCAAGGUAUCCCUUUAAUCGCAGCCUUUUCCUUGGACUUUCAGAUUUGCACACCUACUGUACCCACAUGCUCAAUUUGUUUCCCCAUAUUUAUACUUGCCAUCGUUUUUAUUAUUUUAGUAGUGGAAUCAACCACGACACCGAAAUUAACUGGUGCUGUUUAUUCUUAGUUAUGUAGCCACAUCGUUGCUGUUUUUUUUUUUAUUCAUAAAGCUGCAAAUUCUUUUUCAUCUCAGUAAGUCAGACUUCAGUCUCAAACGGCUUCUUCUUCCUGCUUUGGUUAAAAACACGUUUCUUCUGAUUUUAUUUGACCGUUGGCUUUGUGUGAGACAGAUACGAAUUGUUUGUGAAUGAAUGCAUGAGUAGAGAAAUGUAUACUCAGUAGAUUAUAGCUGCGCAGAUGCACCAAAGCACAUGUUACUCCACCAGAAAUCACCUCCAAGACCUUUCUAGAACGUUCGCCAUGUUGAAGUCAGAGUUGUCGUUAGUAUGUCAGGAUAUUAUUAUUUUACUACUCUUACACGAGGAUUAUUUCUUGAAAACAAUCAAUGCAGUACGAUUUGAUAUCUCACAAUAGGUCUGAUAAUCUGAGGAAUGAUGUAUAUUGUGUGUCUGUAGACCUUUUAUUUAUUAAGGCGAGGGGUUCGUGAGCGUCGCACUGCAGUUCUCCGUGUGCGUCGAAGGAAAACGUUUGUGCGACUAAAGAUAAAAGUGUCGAUGGGGUGAGAAGUCGCGAGGUGGCGGUGAGACCACAUUACUAAAGCACCACCAGCGAAGAAGAAUGACGGCAGUUUCACUUUCACACGUUCACGCGGUUGCUGAACAUAAUAAAAGUGACGGAUAAGAGACGGAGUUCCGAGCUACACCGACACUAACCGGACCAAACGAUGCGCGUAACGUCGCGCUAUAACGGUGAUAUUAAAACAUAUAUAAUACUACUACGUGAAUAUGUUUGCGUCGCGUCUCUACAGCUUCGAGUGGCAUCGGCACUUUUACCUUCAGACGACACUUUAUACAAAGUUCAAGUGUGAUACUCGCACUGGGAGGUUCCCAGUCAAACCACCGCUCCUCAACGUUUUGUUGCCUUUUUUCGUUUCUGCAUGUUAAUUUCUAUAUUAAUGACAACAUGACUCCAACGCCUGGUGUUGAAUAGUUCUUCUUCUUCUGUGGUUUAUUCAAGCUUUAGUUUGUAAAGGUUUAUUUAGGUAUAAUUUCUUUAUUUUUCUUUUCUCCUUUUUGAUAAAGUUAAAGAUUUAAAUGUUUACAUUUUGUUAUGCAUGUUCAAACAGAUUUGUUAUAUCCAGUGUUUUGCACACUACUUCAGCAUCAGUCUUGAACAGCACUGCUCAUAAAGUACUUACAAAUGAAGUGCCUGAUACUUAAAAGUAAAAAAAAAAGAAUUGGAGUUGAUAUUCGUAAGCAAAUGAAAGUUACGUUUGCUCAUUAGCCUUCAUGCCAUUGACUUGAACAACGGCUCCCGUUGUCUUGCUCGGCUCCGCGGCGUCCGUCGGAGCGAACUGGACCUACAGGACACCAAGAGGCCGUCAGAUUCAUCCGGUGAGCAACAUUCAUGAAGAUAAAUGAUCAACUUAAAGGUGCUACAUGUGACAUUUUAACAUCUGUGAGUUGUUACAACACAGGAAGAGGGCGCCGUCUGUUUCUACAGCAAACAAGCAGACAGUAGAAGAAGAGUAACUUCGUAGCGCUUUGUGAACUGAACUGUGAAAUGUCUAAGGGUGCGACAAACAAUAAUUUUUCAUUAUCGAUUUGAAUGUGCAAAUAAUCUUUCUUGAUGAAGUCUAUAAAAUGUCCUUCACGCCUUUAAAUCCGUGUUUCUUUCCUGAGCGGCGUUCUAAAGCUUCAGGUCAAGAAGGAACAGAUUUCGACACUCCAGACAAGUGAAUUUGACAUUACAAAAGAUUUAAAUCUUCAUUAUUGAUGAAUUGAUUUGCUGUUUAGUCAAUAAGACGUGUGUUCAAAGUGACGUCUUUAAAUGUUUGUAUUGUCCAGCCAACAGACCAAAACCCAAAGAUAUUCAGUUUACUCUCGUAUAGUUGAAAAAAGUCCUGCAAAUUUCCACAUUUGAAGCUGGAACCAGCAAUGUUUUUACAUUUUUGUGUAAAAAAUGUCAAUCGAUUAAUGAUCUAAUCGCUAGAAAUGAGGUUGAAUACGACAGAAUCUGUCAGCCAAUCGAGUUCCUGGUGGUUUUUUACGACUUUGAGGCGACGGUAGGAGCUAGAAGUAGAGGCAGCAGAGGGGAUUAUGGGAAAUGUAGUCCGAAUUUGGAGAACCACCAGCAGUAAAAGUGUUUUUCCAUCAUGUAAAAGUGAUAUAUUGAUGUUAGAAAUGCUGCAUGUGGCACCUUUUUAUAAACUGUUGGAUGUUAAGUACCAAUGAAUGUCUCAGUCACCUGUGAUCUCAUUUUUAUCACUUGACAACAUUUCUUUUCAUGCUUUUUGUUUUGUUUUUUCCUCGUUGAAACAAAAGAUCAACUUUACAAACAGAAGUCGUGUUCUUUUCUUUACAAACUGUUGAACUUUUGAAGAGAACCGACGCUUUCUGGUAUAAUCACAUUGUCACCUGCCCGUGUGGCGUUUGACUCGACCUUUGGAUGAUUGCAGAUCUGCAGCACAAGCUCCAGUUCCAUUUUUUGUUUUGUUUCUAUAAGCGGUAAACGGCUGGCAGUGUCAGGUACCAUUCCAUUUUAACACUGUAUAUUUAUAAUAAAAGUAAUCUGUUAAUGAAA